AUGGAUCAACUCAACCAGCCGGUCGUGAUCGACCAAGGCUCCGGUUCGACCAAAGCCGGUUUCGCAGGCUCGGAUCACCCGACGUGCUAUUUCCCUUCUUAUGUCGGUGCGUAAGCCCACCUAGACUCGAUCCACGAUCGGGACAAUCCCACACGACGAGCGCGAAAGGAAAGGGGCGCGGGCGCUGAUCAGUUCGUUCGUGCGGGCGUCGGGUCGAUCGGGCGCUUAGGUCGACCUAAACAUACGAGGGUCAUGGCCGGAGCGGUCGAAGGGGAUGCGUUCGUCGGCAAGAAGGCGCAGGAGCUGAGGGGCUUGUUGAAGAUAAAGUAAGCCGUUGCACUCGCGUUCGACGACUGGGCCAGCGCGGCCUCGCCGUCGCCGGUCGCCGUUGCCGUCGCCGGUCGGGUGGGGCACUGCUUCCAAGACGGCGAGGGAGGACAAGAGAAGCAACGUAUUGACCAGGCUGCACCGCGUUAACUCCAGUUACCCCAUGUCUCAUGGCAUCGUCACCGAUUGGGACGACAUGGAACGCAUCUGGUCCCACGUCUACACCGACGAACUGAGGACAUUGUCCGAGGAGGUGAGCCAGCAUCGCGACCAGGACCAGCGAACAGGCUACCCAGCGAACAGUCAUCAGCGAACACGCUACCAGCGAAGAGCGUCUCUUCCGUCUUCCAAAAACUAGAUGUCUGAUCAUCUUUCCUUCUUGACUCCCAGCACCCCGUCCUAUUGACCGAAGCCCCUCUGAACCCGAGUACGAACCGAGAACAGGCCGCGCAAAUCUUUUUCGAGACCUUCAACGUCCCCGCCAUGUACACCUCCGUACAAGCCAUUCUCGCACUGCAAGUCUCACACGAACCACCUCGAGAAUGAUCCAUAUUGACGGUCUGUCAAUUCUUGUAGAUACGCCUCGGGCCGAACGACGGGCAUCGUGCUGGAUUCGGGGGACGGCGUCACCCACGCCGUGCCCGUUUUCGAAGGCUUUUCGAUGCCCCAUGCGAUUCGGAGAGUCGAUGUUGCAGGGAGGUGCGUUUCAGGUGUAAGCCGACUUGUGUAGAAGGAGGGGAAUGCUAAGUUCGGCCAACGCGCGACUGCCGCACAGGGACGUGACGGAGCAUUUGCAGUUGUUGCUUCGCAAAGCCGGGUAUCAUCUCCAUACGACGGCGGAGAAGGAGGUGGUGAGGAUGAUCAGUGCGUUCGGCAUCCACAUCGUUCGUCGGAGGUCUCUUGGGCGUAACUGAGUGUGUUUUGGGAUACUCGGUGCAGAGGAAAAGACAUGUUAUGUCGCGCUUUCGCCGGCCAAGGAGGAGAAGGAAUCCCAGGGUGGGGGGAGGGGCGAGGAUUUCCGAUUACCGGAUGGGAAUCUGAUCAGGGUGAGCUCAAAGCCCCCUUGUAUGCUGCUGCUCAUGCAGAUCACAAACUCAACCGACUUUGCGCUUCUCUUUCAGCUGGGAGCCGAACGACACCGAGCGCCCGAGUUGUUGUUCACGCCUGAACUGGUCGGGUUGGAAUACUCGGGCGUGCAUCAGGUCGUUGUGGAUUCGAUCAAUCGGGCUGAUCUGGACCUGCGGAAGAGUUUGUUCGGUAACGUCGUCUUGUCAGGUGGGGGGACGUUGGUCAAAGGUGAGUACUCAAAGUGAACCAUCACAGAAUCAGACACGAGUGCAGACCUAGAACCUCUCCCUCUCGUGAACAGGUUUCGGCGACCGGCUCCUGCACGAAGUCAAGAAGCUUGCCCUACGCGAAACCAAGAUCCGCAUCUCGGCACCACCGGAGCGGAAAUACUCGACUUGGAUCGGAGGUUCGAUCUUGGCCGGGUUGUCGACAUUCAAGAAGAUGUGGGUUUCGGCAGAAGAGUAUCAAGAAGGUCAGUCCAGGGCUCAGUCCGAGCAUGUUGGCGCGGUUUUGACUCAUGGGAGGGGUUUGGAUCGCAGAUCCGGAUAUCAUCUUCAAGCGGUUUGGGUGA